AUGGCAGCCAUGGCAGAGUCGGCCGGCCUCGGACACGAGGUUCUCGAGGCCAAGGGCGGCGAGCCGGGGCGGAGCAGCCGGAGCAGUCGAAGCAGCCGGAGCAGCCGGAGCAGCCGGAGCAGCCGGAGCAGUCGCCACCGGGAUAAGGACGGCAGGCGGAGGCGGAGCGGGAAGAGCGAGGACAGCAGGUCGCGGAACAGUCGCAGGCGGCGGCGGAGCUCAUCGGCUGAGGCCUCGGGUACAGGCGAAGGUCGGGGAUCUGGGGUGGGAUCCGGGGCCGAGCCGCACUCGAGCUCGCGGGCGCGCUCCCGCCGCUCGCACACGCACAGAUCCCGCCGGCACAGAGUCCGCAGCUCGGGCAGCAGGCGGCGGCGGCGGCGGCGAGUUGGUAGCGGCUCGGCGUCUGCCGAGGUGAGCAAGUCAGGAGGCGGGCGGUCUCGAUCGCGGUCAAGGGAGCGCGACGCCGAUCGGGUUGAUCAGGUGAGCGAGGCCGAGGCCCGCGAGGCGCUGCGGGCGCACUGGGGUGGCGGCGGACCGCUUCCGUCCCAGAACGAGGUACGCCCGGGUGGCAACGGCGGAGAGGGCGACAAGGCCGCUGCGGUCAAGCCCAAUCUGGCCACGUCCGGCCUGCUGGCGGCCGAGAGCAACACGGUCAACGGCGUGGUGCUAAAGUACGUCGAGCCGGACGAUGCGGCUGUGCCCAAGAAAAAGUGGGUGCUCUUUGUCUUUGACGACGACGGCGACAAUGAUGGCGCUACCGCGCCGCUCUACGUCUGCUCGCAGUCGCACUUUCUGGUCGGCUCGGAUCCGCGGGUCGCGCACGUUGUCGUCGGCCACCAGACCGUCGCGCCACAGCACGCGGUCCUCCAGCACCGCCGAGUGAGGGUGACCAAGGCCGGUGACGCGCCGGAUGUCAUCCGCACCACCGUCAAACCGUACAUCAUUGACCUCAACUCGGCCGGCGGCACGUUUGUCAAUGGCGACCGCGUCCCGCCGGCCAAGUACUACGAGCUCCGCGCCAAGGACGUCAUCACGCUUGGGACCGCACCCACCGAGUACGUCCUCGUCAACUCUAAGGCCGCCAAGGGCUAGCGCCAGACCCAACUAGGACCCGAGUAAGAUCCGGCCAGUGAAGAUGAAAAUGGGUG